CACGCGGGCGGGAGGGGACCGGGCGGCGCGGGCGGACGCGGCCGUGGGUGGGGCGGGCUUCCGACCCUGCGGCCCUGGCGUAUUCCUUUUACCUUCCGGACCUCCCUCUCCUGCAAAACCACCCGGAUCGGCCUCUCUUCCCGCUGGCCUGGCUAAUUCAUUUCACUCCUCCUCCGGAGUUGGCUGCCCUCGGAGGAGUGGGCGGGCCCGACUAGCAGGCUGAACCCGCGUGGAGCCUGGCGCGGUGGUGCCGAGACCGCGGGACUCAGGACGGCGCCAAAGACUUGAUGCCCGAACCAGGUUUUCGGGAAUAAUCGGGAGUUUGUAUUGUGGAAGGUGUGGGGACACUGCACUAAGUGCAUUAUCUGCAUUAUCACCGAGUCUUCCCAACAACUCGUUGUGAUGGAGAGUGGUAUUUUCCCCAUUUUAUAGUUGCGGAAAAGGAAGCCUCAGUAACUUUGCCCAGCCUACUCACACAGUAAAUGAUAGCGUCAGAAAUUGACUUACCAUGCCUCUGCAGUGCCUAUCUUCUAUACCUGUAAGCCAAGUGCUUGACAAAUGCCCUUUGAACAUCUUUCGUCUCAGCUCUGUAUUCAUCGGCUCUCUGAGGGGAUACAGCGAGGCAGAAGCCUCAGCCCUUGCCUUCUAGAUUUGUACACUUGAACCAGUCGACUGAAAAUGCAAAGCGCUCCAUGAGUGGUGCGGGCUGUUCAGAGGCUGGAGAGAUGGCAGUCAGCUGGAGCGCAUCAGGAAGGAUGCUGAUUUGAGCUGGGUGUGAUUUGGAAGAACCUGUUCCAGGUCCGGGACAGCCAAAGCAAAGACUCGCAGGAUUCUGCCCUACCCCUCAGCUCUUCAUCUGAUGGUUGGCAUCUCGGGGAUCUUGUUUUCCUAAGAUUAUUGGAAUUCCUGUGAUCAUCACAUGAACUCUUCCCCUGGCCUCAUCACCAUCCUGUGUUCCAGAGUUGUUCUAACUAAGGAACCUCAGUUUAGACACCUGAGUAUCAAGUUCUCUUCCGGAGGAAUUCUCCAAUCUUGGUGGAGUGUGGCCUCCAUUUCGAGUAUCUCUUUGGCAUGAUAAUCUCCUGACAUAUCUCUAUGUCCCUAGAUGUAAUCUUUUCAUUUCUGGAAACAGGCCCUGCUGCCUCUGUUCAGAACCAUCAGGCCUGUACCUGAAAGUGUCUCCCGGCCUUGGAAUGCUCAAGUUCUCUUGGACUCUCUGCUUCAUUCUGGAAAUAUGUGGGCUCCAGCUCAGGCAGUGUCAAAACAGGUCAGGCCUACAGACCUCCCAGGAGGACAAAACCCCUCUUCCUCACCCACGUAGCUGGACUCAUCUUGCUGGACAUGAGACCUUUCCUCUCCCUCUGUUAUCUUUUCUUUGUGUAAUACUCACGUGACUGACAUUCAGUCAUGCAUGUGGGCGCGCCUUUGUUCCCAGUACCUCCACUGUCUCUUUCCCAGUCCUGCUGCAGCUACUCCUUAGCCCAGGACCCGAGACAGAACCGCCCCUGUGGCAGCAGCUGGCAUCAUUUCAGGAGGCUGUGACAUUUGAGGAUGUGACCAGAGAUUGGAAGUGUCAAGAGGCCUCUCAGAAGGAUUGCAGCAGGGACACAAUGCUGGACAGUUGCAAGAAGCCAGUCCCUCAGGGAUCCUUCUUACAGUUCUCCAUGAUGCCACAGAGAGCUGGAAAUGAUCCCCCUGGUGUUUCAAAUCCAAGUGAAAUGGAAAAGGAGAUAAGUAACAUGAGAGAAAAGUUUCUCAUCAGCGUGACAAAGUUAGUGGAAAGCAAAAGUUACAACAGCAAGGUGUUUUCCAAAGAAAAGUACUUUCAAACAAUAAAGGAAGUGAAGGAAGCUAAGGAGAAGGGGAGGAAGUCAUCACGUGAUUAUCGCCGUGCAGCAAAAUAUGACGUGAUCUCUGUACAGGGCACAGAGAAACUAAUAGAGGCUACUCAUGGAGAACAAGAUCGAAUACGGUAUUACGUACACAAGGAAGAGCUGUUUGAUAUUCUUCACGACACACAUCUCAGUAUUGGCCACGGCGGGCGGACACGCAUGCUCAAGGAGCUGCAAGGAAAAUAUGGGAAUGUCACCAAAGAAGUCAUUGUCUUAUAUCUGACUCUGUGUAAACAGUGCCACCAGAAGAACCCAGUAUCCAAGAGAGGCCUCGCACCCAAGCCCAUGCCAUUUAAGGACAUUGACUCCAGAUGCCAAGUUGAAAUCCUUGACAUGCAGUCAAAUGCUGAUGGUGAGUUCAAGUUUAUUUUAUAUUACCAGGACCACUUGACCAAGUUUAUUAUUUUACGGCCAUUAAAGGCCAAACAGGCCCAUGAGGUGGUCGCUGUCCUGUUGGAUAUUUUCACAGUUCUUGGUACACCCACCAUGUUAGAAUCUGACAGUGGCUUGGAGUUCACAAACCAGGUUGUCAAUGAGCUCAAUGAGGUAUGGCCAGACCUAAAGAUUGUCCCUGGUAAGUACCACCCUGGCCAAGGCCAGGGCUCCCUGGAGCGAGCAAGCCGUGAUGUCAAGAACAUGCUGAGUGCCUGGAUGCAGAGUAACCGUUCACGUCACUGGGCCGAAGGCCUGCGAUUCAUGCAGAUGGGGAGGAAUCAGGCCUUUGAUGUUUCCUUGCAGCAAAGUCCAUAUGAGGCGAUGUUUGGUUGUAAAGCCAAAUUUGGACUCUAUUCCUCACACUUACCCCGGGAAACCGUGGCUGUUUUACAAACAGAAGAAGAACUAGAAAUUGCUGAAGAACAGCUAGAAAGCAGCCUUUGGAUCAGGCAGGAAGAAAAAGCUGAGGUCGGAGCAGACCGAUCUGACAUGGACGAGGACGUCAAUCCCACUCCUCCCGAAGCUGCAGAGCCGAGCACCUCCCAAGGGGCCCCAGGUCUCUUCUGCUGGUGAACAGACACCUGCCUCUGGGCACCGUGUAGCCACCUGAGAACUGUUGCCAAGGCCCAAUGAAAGGAUGAAAGGAAUGAAGGCCACACUCUCAGGAAAGCUGUCCAUGGUAGUCCUGGCUCACAGGGGGAAAGCAACUUGGGUCUCUGAUCUCGGGCUGCCAUAAAACAUUACCACAAAUGUGGAGGCUUAAAACAACAGCACUUUCUUCUCCCAUAGUUCUGGAGGCUAGAGGUCUGAAAUCAAGGUGUUGGCAGGGUUCGUCCCUUCUGGAGGCUCUGAGGGAGAAUCCAUUCCAUGCCUUUCUCCUUUGGUGGCUGCCGGCAGUCCUUGCAUCCCUUGGCUUAGAGUAGCACAGAUCCGGUCUCUGCCUCGUCUGCACGUGGGUCUUCAUGUGGCCUUCUCCCCUCUGUCUGUCUGUGUGCUCCUUUUCUGUCUCUUACAAGGACACUGUUGGACACCAAAUCUAUGUCGUUGGACUUAGGGCCCAUCCUAAUUGAGGAUGAUCUCAUCUCAAGAUCCUUUUUUUUCAAUUAAUUAAUUUAUUUUACUUUU